CGUCCUCCUCGCAGUUGCAACCGUUCACUCGCUAGUGAGGUGAGGAGGGGAGGGGAGAGGCGAGUUGGUCUUCUGCUACUACUCGUCGGUACCGUGCGAGUGAGGGCUGGGCGGCGGCGAUCGACGGCCAUGGAGACGGAGGCGAUGGAGGAGACGGACCUCGCAGACCCCAAUCCGGACGUGGGGGUGCUGUUCAAUCACUUCGACGGGCUCUACUUCCAGGGCGCGCUCGCCGCCGCCGGCUUCUCCGUCCAUUGGGGCUCCUCGAUCAACAGCAGUUCUUUUGGAUCCAUUACCUUUUCAAAACCAAGAAAUACCAUAACACUCUCUGAGCCUGUGCUGAGAUAUCGCUCAACUGCUGAUCGGAAGAAAGCAUUGCUGCAUGAAAUGAUUCAUGCAAUCAUAUACAUAAAGUUUCAAAGGAAGGACCGCGCACAUGGUCCUAUUUUCCGUGAUUGGGUGGAUGCUAUUAACUCUUGCCCCAUAGAGGAUGAUCAGAGACCGCGUGGUGGGUACAAUCUCACCACCCGCCAUGAUUUUGGUACAGAAGAGCCCCGCAGCGUCAAGACUUUUCUGUGGAAGUGUAAAUCUUGUGGAGAUACACUUGUCAGGCCCUCAAAUCAGGGUCCUCCAUCUGAUGCCUGCUGCAUUGAGAAUGUUUGCAACGAUGACACUUGUCGGAACAUGCUUUGCCGCUGGCACAACCACAAGAAGGGAUGUCGUGGUACAUAUGCAAAAGUAGUGCACACAGAUCAAAAGGAGGAUCCGAGAGGUACACAGUUGCGUCUGAUUUGCACAUCUGAAAUGUCCAAGUCACAAGGAGCUAGUCAAGAAUCAGAUGCAGCCGCAUUGCAGGAGAAUGCUACUGCCACAAAACCAAAACCAGAAGGCAAGCUUCUCUCUCUAGCGAGCGCCAGCAGUGUGAAAUUACAAGGAAGUAGCUCCUCGAAGAAGGCAGGCAAGAGGCAUAGGCCUGAAGACGGUCAAAAACUGAAGCUGAACCAAUCCUUGGCUGCAUCGGAGAAGCAUGAACUUUUCUCUCCAGUCGGUUGUGAUGAUACAAAAUCACCGGGAAGUAGCACCUCAAAGAUGGCCGGCAAGCGGCGUAAGCUUGAGGAUGUUCAGAAACCUAGUGUUCCUCCUGCUACGAUCCAGGGAAAACUGAAGCAAGACAUUCGAAAACCAAGUGGUCUGCUUGCUAGCUCUCCGAGGAAAUUGAAGCUGAACCAAUCCUUGGCUGCAUCGGAGAAGCAUGAUCUUUUCUCUUCACUCGGUUGUAAUGAUAAAAAAUCACUGGGAAGUAGCACCUCAAAGAUGGCAGGCAAGCGGCGAAAGCUUGAGGAUGUUCAGAAAUCCAGUGUCCCCCCUGCUGCAACCCAGGGAAACCUGAAACUGAAGGAAGACUUGGUUGCAUCGGAGAAUAACAAGCUACUCCCUCUAUUGUAUUGCGGCAAUGCACAAUCACCGCAAAGUAGCUCCUCUAAGAAAGCACGCAAGCAGCAUAAUCCUGAAAGCACUCAGAAAACCUGUUCUCUGAGAAAACCAAAGCAGAACUUGGUUGCCCCAGAGAAGAAUGAACUUUUCUCUCCAGUGGGUUGCAGCAAUUCAAGAGCACUCGAUGGAAGCUCUUCAAAGAAGGCACGCAAACGGCAUGAAGCUGAAGACAUUCAGAAAGCAACUGUUCUGCCUGCUGCUCCUCAAAGUAAACUGAAGCAAUCAAGCUUUGUUGCGUCGAAGAAGCAAAAGAGUAAAUGCAAAAGGAAACCCGCUAGCGAAAAGGAGUAUGCUGUGAUGAGCGUGUAUCUGGAUUACUAUGAAUCAGACAGAUCGAGUGGAUCAACCGAGCCCCUUUUAAACAAAAGAACAGAGCUAAGAAAAAAAGAAAGAGCAAGAAUUCGGACUUAUUCACUAUCAAAGAAGAUUAACUUUGCUUCCUUGGAAGACUCUGGGAUAAAUGUCUCGGUCAGUAGCCACAGAAUCAUGACUGAGCCUCGUAAAGAUGAAUCGGCGCAACUGUCCCGGCCACCAUCUCCAUGCUCAGGCGUUGACCAGGUCGUGACUCAAAAAGCCACCGAGGAUCAGUCCCAGCCACCAGCUCCAUGCUUGGAUAUUGUUACACUUCAACCAGCAGAUCCACUUGGCUUGAUUCCUCCAGAUCAAAGCAUUGGCCCUGGCAUAAUAGAUAUUUCAGAUGAUGACUGACCUUACCGCUUUUCGAUGAUGAAAUGCUUAGCAUUUUGAAUGCUUGCUGCGUUGCUGGGCUUAUUGGUAGUGAUCGUGCAACAUGCAGGGUGUUGUAUGGAUGAGCAACCAGCUCAUUGGAUGUUAACAGUAGGUCAUAGUAUUUUGGAACUGACAUAAGUACGGCUAGUUCUUACUAUAGUGAAGUAGCUUAUGACUAGUGUUACAAACGCACCAUUUGAACCACUCUAGCAUACAUGUCUAGGAGGCAUGGAGCUCUUAAAAGUGGCAUGUAACGUUGAACUGUUUGGUGGACAUGAUGCCACAUUGCUAGUGCAACAGCCUGAAUGCAUGGAUGUGUAUGUCAUACUCCAUUAGGCAUGUUGCAUCA